AUGCCUUCUCAACCCCCACUACCGCCCCUCCUCACCUCAUAUCUAUCAUCUCAACCAGAGGCUUCCCUGACGUUGAUCUCGUCUAUUCUUGGCGCAACCUCCAAUUGGCUUGUCCUGAGAUAUCUCUACUCUGCACUCAUUACCUCAAAUAGCUCCAAUGCCAGCCUAGGCCUUGAAGAGUCGCACGAUGGCGCAAAAAAGAAGGUCGUUCUUGUGAGCUUCCUGCGGGGCUGGGAGUUCUGGAGAGCGGAGGCAAAGCGAUUGGGCUUGGAUCUUGCACGGCUGUCAGACAAGAAACAAUUUGCUUUCGUGGACGGACUGUCUGAGCUUUUUUGCCCUCCACAAACAGCAAAUGUUGCCGGUUCACCUCCCGUCAAUGCAGGUUUCCCUGCACGCACAACACUUCCGCUUCGGGGUCCGCCAGGUGAUGUGCCUGGGAGGGCACCGGGCCACGCCGUACCGGCACCUAAAAUUGACAAUGUGGCACGAAACCCAGCGGAGCUAGGAAUUGCGAAGAAACUGCAUUUCUCUGGACGUGGCACCGCUGCCCUGGACGCCCUAGAGAAGGACAUAAUCUCUGUUAUUGAGCAACUGAAGGCCGCCAACGACGAAAGCGAAGAACUGCUCCUCAUUAUCGACCAGCCGGAUUUCCUUCUCGCAGCCACAGGCGCAAGUAUGGGGAUCGGUGCUACAGAGAUGAGCGAGUGGGUCAUGGGUCUACAGCAGACCGUUCAUUCUACAGCAUUAACACUUGCGGCUGAUUCUCCGCUGAUCCACAAUGCGUCUGUUUCUGGGAACCAAACAGCUACUCCGGUGGAAGGGGAACAUGCGGCUUUUGCUAUUGGGCUGGCGCAUAGGGCAAGUGCGGUCAUGCAGCUCCGUACUCUGGAGACGGGAGCCGCAAGGGAUGUUAGUGGCGUGUUGAGGAUCAGCCGAGGUGGUGGAUUGAGUGGUGCAAAUGGCUUGGACGAGAAGGAGUUGCUGUACUACGUCCAGCGAGAUGGCGGUGUCAAGGUGUUUGGGCGUGGAGAAUCCUGA